GCUUAUCGACAUGACAUUAGAAUCUGAUUUUCUUUCGAACUGCACUCCGAGCGCCUUCUCUAGCCGGCAAGAAGAUGCAUUUGAAGAUUAUAUAGCUGUUACCGAAUGGGAAAAGUUUCGACAGUCGAUUGAAAAUAUUCUGAGUCGUUGGGAGUUGAAGGCAGAUGGGGAUCCUACCGUACGAUCACGCCUCUUGUCUUCCCAAACAUACGUUCAAGCAGGUUACCUUUGCGGUCGUCUUCAUUUUGACGACCGUGAGUUCCAUUUGGUCUACUACAGUGGUCUUCAGUGCUCUUCUCCGGAGGAUACUGCCAGAACCGACUCUGGAACUCCCAUCUUUUGCGCAGAGCAAUACUUCUUCACUGGCCACGUCGUUCCUCCCAUUGCCUGGUUUGGCCUAAAACGCUUACUCAUUCUCCGGCCAUCUGAGGGUGGUAUCACAGGUGGAACACGUCUGAAUAUGCUACUGAGCUGCGUGGAGAUUGCUGUUAACACGAUCAAAUGCCUUCUCUUCCUACUCAUUACUCUCCCCGUUCCCAUACUCGUGGAAUACGCUGGCCCUUGUUCAUCUUACCUAUACGGGGUCGCUGCAACCGCUUCCGAUUUCGAUUCCUCUGCCUUGACUGACCAGACGAAGUACGAGUACGAGGGUACCCAACGCGUCGGCUCCCUGGGCGUAGAGCUAGCAGUCGGCCAGAUGCUUGGCACCGUUCACACAUCAUUUACCCAUUUGAACGGAUUGCGUGAAAUGUUUCUCAGAAAGUUGGGUUACCCUUUGAACGCCAGCUGUUCUGAAUCGGCCGUACAAAUCGCUGCUCGGUUCAUCUACCCACUUCCUUUUUGGCCAGAACUAACAGCGUUCCCCGAAGUCAUUUUCCCCGUCUUCUCGUUCGAUGUAAACAUCACUUCUUCCGUAUUUCCUCUGUUCCAUUUGAGUGCCGUGUGGCCUAAAGUGCCCGCUCACGCUGUUUCCCAAAAUCCCUCUUGUAGCGUUCUCAGGCCCGAAGGAGCCCCAUCUUGGUAUCUCCAGUUAUUUUUACAAACAUCUCAUGCUGAUCGGUUUAGCUCUCGCUUAAAAAGAAUCGCUCACGCUUGCUGCUCUCCUCCUGCUGAAGAUGCGGUGCGCGUCCCUAUGCCGCCACCGACACCGAUUACUUCACGUCGGUCUUGGUUGGGUGCCGAUUUGCCUCGACUCGCAUCAAUGUUCCGGGGGCCAACAAUGAGGCAUUCGCCUUCAUCUCUGUCUACGGAACUGCAGAUGACACCAGAACAAGUCAUCCACUACCUCCUGUUCCUUUUUCCCGAUGCGGACUCUUCGUACUCAUGCUCUUCCGCGGAACGUAUCGAGCUUAUGGCCUCCACGGUUUACGAUAACCCAAAUGACGUGGAAUUAUUGACCUGGUCUCGAAUACAAAACAGAGCCAACUUCGAUGUUUCUUCUAUGGCUUCUCGAUUGGGGCUUCCUCCUGCCACUUCUCUCGCACAUCGGCUAGCCGUCCUGCUUUGCAACUUGCACUUUUUACAGCCAAAUCCAAGUGACUUUGAUGCGGUGCAUUUGAUCUUUACUGAGGUGAUUUUGGAGCUCAAACUCAGGCUAGAACGCCUCAUUAGCUUGCCGGACUAUUCCAGUUACGUGGAUGCUGAGACAGCCGUUUACCCGGUCCCCACUUCGGAUCCAUCGAUUAAGGCCAGCUUCGCACCCGUACAUCUUCUGCCUGAAGAGAUGCAGCCUUUUUCACAUUGGUCUGAUGGAGAGCGGCUCAACAUCCAUAAUAUUUUCCAGCGCUUUGACAAAUGCAUUGAAACCGCCCGUUUAUGCUCAGAGUACAAUAGCGAUUCUGAGGCAACCAAAAGCCGUGUUCCUGAAGAUCCAUGUGAUAUGUUCUUCGAUGCUUUUGAACAACUCCCCUCGACGACAGAGUCCUCACCUACACCGUCGAAAACAGUCGCACAACACGCAGUGGAUGAGGCUCGAAUGAUUUUGGACUGGUUGCAAUCACUGGACACAACGCAGUUACUGCGUUGUAUGAUACCGAGUAUUUGCCUCGAGGCACUCAUCACUUUGAAUUCUCUCGUGCCUCCUCCACGACUGCACUCGUUUUAUCGCCUGUCACUAGAACAACUGGUUUGUGACUCUGCCGGAUUACUCUCUCGUCUGGACGAAAAUAUGACUCAGUUUGAUGGCUACGACAGUUGUGAAGAGCGCUUCAUCGCGACUUACUAUGAGGUGCUUACCCUGUUGGCUACCUUCAGCUCCCGCUUCACUUGCCUAAGAGAGCUGCUGCAUGACUUCACUCAACAUGUUAAUCAGACUUUAUCGGAUGAAUGUCUCGCUUUCUUGUACGACUUGUCUUUCAACGCUGUAUGUGGCAGGGUAACAUGGGCUCCGCAGUUACCCGGUUGGAUUAGGAUUGAUCGCUCUUCCAAAGCAUUCACCGAUUUCCAGUUUUUGUUCGGCGUGGAAGAACCGCCAACGAAUGCAAGUAGCGAACGAAAGAUUCAUCAUUUUGAAUUCACCAGCUCAGUCCGGCGGUGGUUUCCUACUCCGUCUUCCUUGGAUCUUCAUCAACCUACUUGGGAAACCUACAUACUUCACGCGAUCGUUGGUCAACCCAACUGUUUAUCAAGCCGUCCUGGAAUCCAAAGACUAUACGUGGCUCUUAACAAAGAAGAACGGGCGCAGGGAUAUCAUUGUUUGUUGCUUGCUAGUGCUCUUAGUCAAGAUUCACAGUUUUUCUGAUUUCCGUGUCUUUUUUGUACAUCGCUCUUUGCGCAUAAACAACUACACCGUUGUUGUGG